AUGGACUUUUCAUGGCUCGAUAGAAGUUAUCUCAUAGACUGGAUCCUCGUGGUCGUCUGGUACUCGUUGUCCAACAUUUUCAUCUACGUACCAGUCUUUGAACGCGAUAUCCCACCGCAAGAUGCCGCAAUCGGGCACACACAUCGCCCAAAUCAGGUGAACGGAGCGAUGCUACACUUGCUCAGCGACGGUAUCCCCAUCGCUGUUGUUCUGAUCAUGGCGUUAACACGUCGUUCAUUGAUCGAGCUUCACCAUGGAUUGCUCGCAUUCUUCUCCAGCACGUCUUUGCAGAGACUCGUGGUUGGUUUCCUAAAGAAUAGAGUCGGUAGACUGCGGCCCGAUUUUCUCGACCGCUGCCAAUGGAAUGGAAGAUAUUGUACCGGGUACAGCCCCUUCUAUUCCGCCGAUACCAGCUUGAUUCGAGAUGGUCGACGAUCGUUUCCCUCUGGACACUCUAGUGCCGCGUUUGCCGGAAUGGCAUUUCUCUUCUUUUACUUUGCAGACAAGACAGACUGUUUCAGGAAGCGACCCCAAUUUGCCCCUCGCUCGUGGCGAAGUAGCGUCUUGCUGCGCGUUUCCAUUACCAUUUCGCCCUUGUUCCUCAGUACUUGGAUAGCGGUGACCCGCCUAGAAGACUAUGCAAGUUUCUUUCUUUUCUUCCCUCUGGACCUUGCUAACGAGUCGUUUGUUAGCGCCAUCACAAAGGAUGUCAUUGUCGGGAGUCUUAUCGGUACAUUGUCAUCCUGGCUGAUGUAUCGAGUCUACUUCCAAGACCCAUUCUCGACAAGCCGAGAACCAGCUGGGGAGCCCCGUGCGGUGUAUACCUCUGCAUGGAGUCAGCACGGACAAGACGAGUUUAUGGAGCUCAAUCAACUCGAAGAACAAGUUCGCCUUCAGGACUCGACGGCAGACACUCGUGUUUGA